AGUCUACGCUGAGCACACUGUGCGUUGCCCAGCCUUAGUCAGCUUGAUCAAGUAAUUGUAAUUUUUUUUUCUAUUCACAAAAGCGGUUCUUUGGCGCAGCAGAUGCUUUGUGUUGUGCGCGAUAAGAUACGUGACAAGAGCAGCAGUUUCCGGAGCCCUCGUUGGCGACGUAAUUUCCUUGAUAUCCGCUGUCCUUGGAAGGGAUAUCACGCCCGCGUCGAAGCUUCACCGGAUUGACCUCAUUCAUUCCCAUUUCUAUCAUACUGCAGUCUGCCACCCCUUAGAGAACAAGUAUCUGGCUCAACAGCGCGUAAUUUUGUAGUGGUGGUGACGCAAAUAAAUGUUAAAUAUGUAUUUUGUGUAUGUUCUCACGGCGUCUUUGCAAGUUCUACGGGCCACAGCUCAAUACGAUGGAAGCUGUGGACAAGCCGACAUCAAGCCCAUUUUGUCAAACACGGACCGCAUUGUGGGCGGUCAAGAAGCCGUCGCAGGGAGCUGGCCUUGGGCAGCAUCCAUUAACCUCAACGCUCCCAUACUCAGUCAUUUCUGUGGGGGCGCUCUCAUCAGUGACAGGCACGUGUUGACAGCUGCACACUGCGUCACAACCAAAAUCUCUUCUGAAGUGCGCGUACACCUAGGAUCCCACGCUCGCAACCGGAUGGACAAAGGAGAACAAGCCAUUGAAGCUGAAGAGAUUUGUGCCAGCAAAGGCUAUCAUGGAGAGGAUGAGAACGACAUCGCCAUUAUUCGUCUUAAGAAACCGGUAAAGAUGAGCGCCACCGUCAAGCCAGUUUGCCUCCCAAGGAGCGGAGAGGAGCUUCCCGAUAAUACCGAACUUUUUGCCAUGGGGUGGGGACGAGCGGAUCACGCUGUUUCAAAGAAGCCUGUGUACAUGAAGCAGAUGUCAACAAAGUCAAUUGCGAACAAUCGUUGCUUAGAUUAUUUCAACAAGACGGCUGACCCAAGAAUCCUCUGUACUUCAACCGAUGUAGCCUCUACUUCCCACGGAGACAGCGGAGGUCCGGUUGUGGGGCUCAGAAACGGAACGACCUGGACACUCUACGGCAUCGUCUCAGAUGGCCCACACCUUGGAGGCUUUGAGCACCUUCCCCUGAUUAAUACAAAAGUUUCUCAUUUUAUUACCGAUUUCAUUAGUACUUACCUAAACUCACAAGGAAAGUCCGAGAAAAAGAAAAUCUGCGAUCUAGCUUAAUAUUUAUAGCCGAUGCAUUUGGUAAAUUUUUUGGUGUCAUAACUGUGUUUAAGUAACUGUAUUAUGGCAUGUCGGUGAAAUUUUGGGGUCAGUGCCAAUAAAACAAUACCAAAUUCAACAAUUCUGAAUGUAUUUUUAUAAGAGUUGUACCUCAUUACAAAAAUUGAACAGAAGACGCCACCGGUAUAAAUAAAAAAACGGCCUUUUUGUUUUCUUGUUAAGUUGGAAUAAAACAUCUUGAAAAUUGC